AAAACGACCGCCGGCCUUCUGUUAUUACAUUUAGGCAUAUAAUAUACGAAGUCGUAGCAGACGAAUUCGGGGCAUGAGUUUCUUCCAGCAGCAGCAGCAGCAGUUCGAUACAGGCGUCAAAAUAAUAAGCAUCGUCGUCGUCGUGUCGCGUACACGAAAAAUGUCCAUUAUCGAACAAUGAGAACUUCAUCGACGUUCAUCUGUCUCGCGCUGACUUUUUUGUGCUUCGGUACUCUCGAGGGUAGUAGCAGCAGUCAAAAGCGCCUGCAAAUUGGAAUCAAGAGGCGCGUCGAUAAUUGUAUCGACAAAUCGAAAAAGGGUGACACCCUUUUCGUUACCUACGUGGGUGCCUUGGAGGACGGUUCGGUGUUCGAUAAAAACGAGGAUCGCGACGAUGCCUUCGCUGUAACCAUUGGCACGGGCCAAGUCAUCAAGGGAUGGGAGCAAGGUUUGAUUGGAAUGUGUGUGGGAGAGGUGAGAAAGCUGGUAAUACCUCCUGACCUAGCAUACGGGAAGUAUGGGGUACCACCAACCAUACCUCCCGAUGCUACCCUCACGUUCACUGUUGAGCUAGUGAAACUGGUACCGAAAGAAGAUCUUCCUCAACAGUCCGAUGCGCAUUAUCAUGAACACUUGUAAAUAAGUUUGUUUCCUAUGCGUACUUGUACUAAUGUAUUUGAUAUUCAAUAUUUGAAUGAGAUUAUGUUUAGUAUAAUAAAUCUUUUUACGUUUUAUAAAUAA